AUGGAGGAAUCAACUACCAGGCUGAGAAUAGUUUCAGCUACUUUAAUGCUAUUGACAUCUAUCCUUGGACUGGUUCUCAACCUUACUAUAGCUGUUUCUUUGUUUACAAGGUUUAAACGGAACAGUGGAUUUUUGGUUAUUUGCAUGGUUAAAAGUAUGGCUAAUAAUAUAAUUUGCAUUGGAUUUCUUGUUUGGCCAGUUCCAGUCACUUUUCUAAACUAUUACUACCUCCCAGAUUUUUAUAACGUUCUUUCUGGACGAAUAAUCGGAUGGUUUGCAUGGAGUUACAGUCCAACAACGCAGAUACUAUUAGCUGGGAAUAGAUUCAUGGCUGUUUGUCUUCCUCAAGCACAUCAUACAGAAUACAAAUAUUAUCCUAAUCGUGUUCGUUGGAGAAUUCGAUAUACACACACUGGAAAAAAAACAUUCAAAUUUCAGGUUUUCCUUUCCAUCAUAUUCAUCAUUUCCAUUACAGUAUCCCUUCCCGGAUUUGUGGUUGGGUGCCGGAUUCCGUGCUCAAUUCGAUUGAGUUCGUUGUUCACAUACUCUGCAUUUUCUAUGUCUUUCAUAUCUAAUACUCUUAAUAUUAUUGAAUUUUUCAAACUAGUUUCCGAUGCUGAGUUUCGAAUUUUACUCUCUUCGAUUUUAAAUUCAUCCUUAAAGAAAUCGGCUAAAAUUUCAUCAAUGCAACUUUUGAAGCGGCAGAGACGAUAUCGACGAAUGUUGUUUCAAAGUGCUUGUCAGGACCUAAUUAUAGCAAUAGACACAUUUAACACAACCUAUGCAUGGUCUUUUUAUUCUGCUCUAUGCUUCCAGUUUUUGGUUUGUGCCUAUUCGAGAAUACUCGCAAGAACCUUGGAAGGACUUGUCAUGGUUCUAAUCAAUGAAUCUAUUCGAGAAGCAAUUCGAAUCAAAGUCUUUAGAAAGUCAAAACAGAAGAAGAGUAGUGAGACUCCGGCGUCUUCGCUCGCAACUCAUUCAAAGAAUAUCGUAGCUUCUAACCGAUUGUUUUCUGUUCGUAUCAAUCAUUAA